AUGCGUUUCUCAUUGGCAUCUGUUCUCUUGAGCGUUGCAUGGCUCGCCUGUGCUCACUCUAACUCUGUGACCACUUAUGCCCCUUUACCUUCCACCGCUUCCGGUCCUCCAGUGAAUAGCGAAGGAUUCCGCGUACAGUCGUUUGGUGAAGGAGCAUACAUGCUUGCAGAUGGUAUCUAUCAAUCUUUAUUUUUUGUCACACCUAAAAGCGUCAUCAUGAUUGACGCACCACCCACAACUGGAGAAAAUAUCCUUGCUGGAAUUCGAUCAGUGACACAUUUGCCAAUCUCGCAUCUUGUCUACAGCCACCAUCAUGCCGAUCAUAUUGGAGCGGCGUAUCUCUUAGCCAACAAGGAUGUUACUAUCAUCGCGCAUGAGUUGACAGCAUACGAACUCUCUCUUACACCUGAUGCGCAUCGACCACCACCUCAUGUUACGUUCAAGGACUCUUAUACUCUACGGGUAGACAACCAGACUAUUCAGCUGGAUUACAAGGGCCCCGUUCACGACCCCGGCAAUAUCUUUAUAUAUGCGCCUAAACAAAAGGUGUUAAUGGUUAUUGACAUUGUCUUUCCCGGCUGGGUCCCGUUUGCUUCUUUGGCGGAAGCACAGAACCCCACCAUGUUUAUCAAAGCACAUGACCUGAUCUUGGAAUAUGAUUUUGACUACUACAUUGGAGGACACGUUGACCGCGCCGGAGUUCGUAAAGAUGUUCUCAUUCAGCAAGAUUAUAUCCAGGACGUAUACAAUAAUGCUCGCACAGCCAUCCUUCUCAGCAACAGCCCUCCAAACGCAACGAAUCCGCUUUCGGCCUCUACCAUUCUUGGUCCUAUUGAGGCGGCUAAUCCAGAUAACGCAUGGGCAAUGUUUGCCGGAUACGUCGACACUCUUGCGCAGUACUGCGCCAAUGUAACAACUGAAAAGUGGCUUGGCAAGCUGGGAGGCGCAGACGUAUACACAUACUCUCACUGCGAAGCCUUGGUGGAAUCACUUCGCAUUGAUUAUGGUGUCUUAGGUCCUUUUGGUGUUCAGCCUAGUUAA